UGUUUCGUCUGCUUCGUCGGGCGUUUGCCGCCAGUUUUGCGCUUGGCGGUUCGACCAGAUCGACUACGAUGGACAACGGCGAAGAUUAUGAGGAAGAUGUGCUGCUCACAACACUUCUGGUGUGCACAGUGAAGUACAAACGGAGGCAGCAGCGUAGAAGACGUUGGUGGGUGAGGCCGUUCCUUCUCGACCGUGAGGAGCACGGCCAAGCUUGUCGUUUGGCGGCCGAAUUGCGCGCUCAUGAUGAGGAGUACUUUCGGGACUACAUCAGGAUGCCUCCGAGCACUUUCGACACCUUGCUCGAGCUGGUCCGCGACAAAAUCACAAAAACAAACACUAACUGGAGGAAAGCCAUCGCGCCCGAACAGCGGCUAAUUGUGACACUCAGGUUCCUUGCUGCUGGACAAUACAUCCGUGGUGCCUCAUUUAACAACUGCAUGGGCCGCUCCACAGUGUGUGGCAUCAUUCAAGAAACUUGCCAAGCCCUCUGGGAUGUCUUGCAGCCACUGUACUUGACAUGUCCACAGCACGCAGAUGAGUGGUUGCAGAUUGCUUCGGAAUUUGAGGAGACCUGGAAUUUCCCACACUGCCUGGGGGCCAUGGAUGGUAAGCAUGUUGUGAUCGAGUGCCCAGGCCGCACAGGCAGCCUCAACUUCAACUAUAAAAAGACGUUCAGCAAGUUGAUGCUUGCCAUCUGUGAUGCCAAGUACAGGUUCCUUUAUGUGGAGAUAGGCCAUCAUGGAAGUGAAAGUGAUGCAGGCAUUUUCAGACGCUCAGAUUUCCUACAAGCUAUUGCUGAAGGCCAACGGCGUCUCCCAACAGCAAGCUGGCUGGGGAGCAGGAAAGUCCCCUACUUCUUUGUCGGGGAUGAAGCAUUUCCCCUGAAGACGUUCGUAAUGCGACCGUUUCCAAGAAAGAAUCUCACAGGAAGACCUCCCAGGGUCUUUAACUAUCGGCUGAGCAGAGCCCGGAGGGUAGUGGAGAACACCUUCGGCAUACUGGCACAGAGGUGGAGGAUACUGCGUCGGCCAUUCGCUGCAAAAGAAGAGACCACGGACAGAAUUGUGGCCGCAUGUGUGGUCCUCCAUAACUUCCUGAUGAAGCACUCUGAAGUGUCUGAAUGCAGCUAUGUGCCCCCUGGAUCUGUGGAUGGGGAAGACUGGGAAGGCGAGCUUGUCAAGGGACAGUGGAGCCAGGCUUACAGUAUUCGGGAGUACUUGUCUAUGUACUUUGAGAUGGAUGGCAAAGUGCCAUGGCAGGACGAGUACCUUGAUAGACACUGAGCUGACACAGGUAUUUCCCCUCACAUCUCUUGAUUAUCAGGAAAAUUACAAGUUUCAUACAUAGUGAUGUCUUGUUAAUACAAACCCCGUUAAUAUAUGGAUACGCCGCUAUAUGUAUAGACAACAAUUUCAA